GGCCAUCAUCAAGAGUUCUGCCACUCUUAUCAAAGCUGAUAGUGAUCUUUAGUGUGACUGAAAUCGAACGUUUAAAUGCAUGUCACAGACCGAAAGUGAAUCUCACUGUAGGUGACAUGACUACAGAAAAGAUUCAUAAUGAGGAGUCUCGAUUACUCCACACGUCAAACUUGCAGUGGGUGGAGGUGUUUGGAGCGGCUUUCAGAGAUGUUCAGUCUUUUCUUCAUGUAGGAGGACAUUUUGAAGACACCACAUGGUUUUAACAUAUUUGAAAUGGAAGACCUUGUGCUGGAACAGAUUUCCUGAAGAGGUCCAUGAUGAUGAAAGAGUCAAAAGAUGAAUUCACAACCAGUGGGAACAGACAAAAUGCUGCCAGGACGGUACCCAACGGGGUCUAUAUGGGUCAGACCAAAACCCUGAGUCUACUGCAAGGCUUACACUUGUGUCAGGAUGCCUGGGCUCCCAAGAGCCCCUGGGACAGUCAUGGGGCGCAUGCCGCUCUGUGGGGAAGACCUUCUGGGAGUUUCCUGGUGGUGCAAGGGUCUUUGCCUCAAGACCAGCUUCUGUGUGUGUCUGUAGCGGACAGCGAUGAGCCGGUCAAAGAAUUCCCCAUCAUAACCACUGGAACAGCGCUUCAUCUGACAGCGUCACACCUGGCUUUCCCUGAUCUCUUUCAGCUGCUGUACUUCUACACACUGAGCAGGGAUGUUUUGCCUGUCUGUUUGUUGGUUCCCUCGUGGGUUUACACCAUUAUCAACCAACCCGAUCGCCUUGUUCCUCUGCUUGGUCCAAAGACCUGGCUGUGUCCCUCCUCAGAUCUGCAGGCUAACAGUAUGACUUCAGAAACACAAGACACAGCAGAAAUGCCAGAAAGCGUCCUGUGCACUAUACAGGUUACAGCCGCCAAUGGUGCCCUGUGCUUCAUCAAUCCCUUGUACCUUCAAGAGCAUGGGGAUGAUUGGCUGACUCACUCUCCAGCCAGCCCAGUCAAUCGUCCAAUCGGCUUGAGGCGAGACAAGCGGUUGAGUACCACCCGAGCAUGGGAAGGGAGAGGACUGAAACUGAGGUCAUCUAUACAAGUCGAGGACAACUCUAGCAGUUUUGACCAGGACAAAGGAUCCCCAUCACCAGUCUCUCCAUCUACCCCGGGUGGAGUUGUGCUUCGAAGGGCGAGUGGCGCCAGCAAGGAAGACACCCUAAAAAGAGCAAGCACAGACUCCCUUCAGAGCCCUCUACCCCAGUCGCCACACCGCGUGUCCUGGAUAGAGGACAAGAUAUGGCUGAAUUCACCACUGCCCCCCUCUCUGCUUCAACCGCCCUGCUUAGAGCUGGACUCGCUGUCAGUCAGCAGCAUAGAGGAGGAGUUCGAGCCGGCUUCAAGCCCCUCCCUGCCUUCGCCCCGCUUCCAGCUGGCAGAUAAGAUGAAGAACCGCCUCUCGGCAGUGGGUCAGGCUCUAGGUGGAUUUGUGUCUCCUCAGCGCAGACUGAGCAAGCGUGUCCAGGAGUUGGCCGAGCGCAGAGCUGGGCCAUUUGCAGAGGCGGUCCGGGGCUUCGUGGAGGAGACUCUUGCCGGUGGAGCCGCUCCUGGAGUGACUUGCAGCGAGAUGCUGCAGGACGUGCGCUCGACUCUCACUAAUCUGAGGGAAACGCUGUUUGAUUGUCCAGAGAUACAAAGCAUCACAGACAACUUUGGAGACAUUCCUGAUUUUGAGCUGGGUAUGACCUCUGGAUCUUGCCUGCAUAAAGUGGCUUUAAAACCAGUUUACACUCACCUGUACGUGUAUCUGAAGACCGCGCGUAGGGAUGACGGCACUCUGCAGCGUUUAGAGGCCAACAAGAGCACGCUGGAGAACCGAAGCCUGGAGGAGCUGGAGGGAGCAGCCGGAGCUGGAGUGCCGGACUCCAGCAUGAUGGAGAAGAUCCAGCAUCGGUGGACCACAAUGCACGAGGCCUACUCGCCUAGCAAAAAAGUCGACACCCUGCUCAAAGUCUGCAAGAAUAUCUACCACAGCAUGAAUGCUAAUGCUAAGCCUGGAACGGUCUUCGGGGCGGAUGAUUUCCUGCCGUGCCUGACGUGGGUGUUGCUACGCAGUGAUUUAGCUAUACUACAGGUGGACACUGACUACAUGAUGGAGCUGCUAGACCCCAUGCAACUACAAGGAGAGGGUGGGUACUAUCUUACGUCUCUCUACGCUGCCCUUUUUUACAUCAGCAGCUACCAGCCUCGUCUAGCGAAGCGGCAGCUCAGUGCAGAAGCACACCAGUCUCUCAGCCAAUGGCAUCGCAGACGCACACUUCACGGCAACCAAUCACGCCACAGCCGAAACCGCAGGACCAUCCGGAGGCACGAGCCUCUUCUUGAGGAGGGGAACUCUUUAAAUAAGAGCAUGGGGUCCAGCAGUCUGAGCGACGUCACCCACGGCGUGGAUGAAGAGUUGGAGGCUGUGAAGGAAGAAGAGGAGGGAAGUGCAGGUCGAGAACAGGUACCAGGGACGCUGGACCUCACCUGUCCCGAGAGAACUGAGGGAGAAAAGAUGACUGGAAAUCACAGGAUCCUGAAUUAAUAAGCAAGGGGUAUCAAAGAACUUAACUUUGGACUUAUUAAGCCAUGCUUCCACCACAGGAACUUUCCCCAGGAACUUUGGGGUGACCGUGGGACUAGGGACUUUGGGGUGUGUUUCCACCGCAGGAUCCAGGGUCUAAAUGAUGUUUUGGGUGAAAAUGUCCCCCUCAGAAAGUCACUGCUCGCGGAGGUAGUGCUUGUUCAAUGUUCAGGAACUUUUAGGAGAGGGACUUGGGCGCUGAACAUGCUGAUUGGUUGAUUUCAUGAGUAUAUUUGAUAAAUGACUUCCGUUUUAAUACCAUGUAGAUGUAAUCCAGUGACACAGAAUGCUUUAAUUUAUUCCAAAAUGUUCAAAAUGGAGCCAAACAACAUGUAUCAGGUUUACAAGAGGAAAAUCUUAACCAGCACACGUCAUCUGUUUCGUCCAGAUAACAAGGAAAUGAAACUAAUGAAAUUCCUCCGUUGAGUGACUGUGUUGAAUUGCUGAUAUGACAUAUCCUCUUUCUGUCAUCCAAUACCCUUGCAGAAUUAAGGGCCUGUCCCAAUACCCACUCUUGAGGCAUUCACACCUUGUCUGCUUUCAUGACUUAUUUCCUGUAUUUGGCCGAAGUGGUCAAGUAGGUGCAAAGACUGCAAGUCAAGUGCACGUAUGCAUUUUGAUAACCGGAUGGGACAUACUUACAACAUAGUGUUGUUAAAAUGCAAGAGCUUUAUUUAUGAUGAUUUUCAAUGCUCUUAAAAUAAAGAGUCUGUCCAGUCUCUAUGUAACAAACACAAUGUAUAAAGGUUUUACAACACCAAAUCUCUCCACCAACAAAAUUUCCAAAACUUUACAUUUUACUAUCAAGUUAUAUCUAAUUAAUUUUGCCUGCACUGGAAAGUUUCUGAAGCAGUAUUAGAGUGUUAUUAAUGUGGAUUUCAUGUGCUCAGAAGGGACAGUCUUGUACACUUUCCUUUCACAUGCAUGUGUAACCUAUAACCACAAUUUAGGGUAUAGGAACCGGCUCUUAGUAUGAGGGAGGGCCUAUACUAUCAAUUCUCUACCGUCCAUUGUGACCACUAGGGGGAACUAUUGUACAUGUUCAUGUGUUACCAAAAACAUUGAAGAUUUUGAAUUCUUAUUGUGUUGUUCAUAGAUUUGUCAUUGUUUUUUAUGUGGACAGGUUUUUUAUCUAUACAUUUUUUAUUUAUUUUUUUGUGGACUGCAGUAUAUUUUGGUCUCUUGUAUCAAUUCUUAUGUUUCUUGAACAGAUAAUACAUAAUCAGCCUAGGUGGGAUCAUUUAUUACAUUACACUUUGAAAAAGAAAAAAACAACAACAGAAAACUGUGUAAUAAUUCAUAUUCCUCUACACACAUCAUACACAAAUCAGUUCACAUCACUUGGCAGUUUAUUGUGAAUGGUGAACACAAACAAUUAGCACUUAACUGUUACAUUCUUACAAUUGUUUGUUUAGAAUAAUGCAUAUGUAUAAGGAACCAGAUAACAAUCCCCAUAUAUUCAGAUGUAGCAUUAAGUCUAAAUUUAAGUCAAGAGUUAAGAGCUCGCUCAAGUACUGCUAAACCAUUUAGUGCUUUGUAAGUAAUCAGCAAUAUUUUAACAUUUAUACGAUAGGCAGCCAAUGCAGUAGGAAAUUACUACUCAUCCAAUUUUUUAUAUCUGCUAUGCAUUCCGUUAAUUUUGUGAAUUGGUAAGUUUCAUUAGGUUUUAAAGAAAUAUACAGCUGAGUAUCAUCAGCAUGACAGUGAAAGCUAAUUCCAUGUUUCCUAAUGAUAUCUCCUAAUGGUAGCGUGUACAGAGUGAAUAGUAGCGGUCCUAGUACUGAGCCUUGUGGUACGCCAUACUGAACUUGUAAUCGAUAAGAUAACUCUUCAUUUACUGCUGC